AUGGAAAAGCCAAAAGUUCUCCUUUAUGGCGUUCUGUUGCUCCAGUUUUUAUGCUCCCUUCACUUUGCUGUAUCCUCAGCUAAUUCCAACUUCACUGAUCAAUCCGCUCUCCUUGCCAUACAAUCUAAGCUCACUUUUGAUCCAACCAAAACUGUCUUGGGUGGUAACUGGACCACUACAACAAGCUUUUGUAAUUGGAUUGGGGUCUCUUGUAGUAAACAGAGGCAAAGGGUCACAGCCCUGAAUCUGUCGUAUAUGGGACUCCAAGGCACCAUUUUCCCCCAUGUUGGCAACCUCUCCUCCUUAGUCUCACUUGAUCUUCGAAAUAACAGCUUCAUUGGGUUGCUGCCACAUGAAAUCAGUCGUCUACCUCGCUUGAGGAUACUGGUACUUCAAGAAAACGAGCUGGAAGGAAAUAUCCCCCCAACUUUAUAUCAAUGCCGACAGCUUGAAAUCAUAUCCCUUGCAGCAAACAGGCUGAACGGUCUUAUACCUAAAGAGUUGGGUCUCUUGCCCAGACUCCAGCAAUUAUACCUUGCGAAAAACAGUCUCAUGUCUGGUGAGAUUCCAUCAUCUUUGGGGAACAUUUCAACACUAAAAAGAUUGAGUUUGGACCAAUGUGGCCUCACAGGUUCCUUCCCCUCUGCUCUGUUAAAUCUAUCUUCUCUAGUUGCUAUUUCUCUAUAUGAUAAGAACAUUUCAGGAUUUCUUCCCAUUGAUAUUUGUGAUAACCAUUGGCCAAAUGUUCAAAUCUUUUCUGUUUCUUAUAACAAAUUCAGUGGUCUAAUCCCAUCAUGGAUACAUCAAUGUGCGCAGCUUGUGACCUUAUCUUUGUCAUACAAUAGUCUUGUUGGGAGUAUUCCUAGAGAAAUUGGGAGUUUACAGUAUCUUGAGGAGCUUUACCUUGAUGGUAAUAACCUAACUGGUACCAUACCUCCAACAAUAGGAGAGAUUCCUUCUGGGGGGCUUUUUUCCAACCUCACUGCCAAGUCAUUUUUAGCCAACAAAGGCCUUUGUGGUAGACCAGAUUUUGGAGUCCCGCCAUGUUUGAGCCAUAACACUCAGAAAUCAAAGACACCACUGAACAGGCUCACGUAUAUUCUUCCGGUCAUUGCGUCAACCAUAAUCCUCCCAGCUGUCAUUUACAUGUUGGCGAAGAAUCAAAAAAGAAAUGCAGAGAUUCCACGUUCAGAUACAAAUUUAAUGGCUGAAGAGCAUAGAUUUAUAUCAUACAACGAUCUCUGUCGUGCUACAAAUGACUUCUGUGAAAGCAACUCGCUUGGAGUUGGAGGUUUUGGUUCAAUGUACAAAGGGAUACUAUUUGAUGGCACAACUGUUGCUAUUAAAGUUCUAAAUUUGCAAAGAGAGGGGGGCCUAUAA